AUGAGAUCAUUCACGGUAGCUGAAUUGAUGGCACCCGAUCUUGCACAUGCAAAAAACCGGCAUCAUGUAGCCAGUGCGGCCCAACAUCUUGAGCAACAUGGUAUUCUUAAGAUUAGCCUGGGGUUUCAAGAUCCUGACAGCCAGUACCUCGAGCAAUUGGUCCUCAGCCUUCAUGAGCAUCACGGUCAUCAGCUUCCGAUAUCACACAGUGCAUCGUGCGGGUGGUUCUGGAACGUUCGGCCAACCAUUAACACCCCUUUCCAAGCCUCUCAGUACCAGGCACGAUCGGAAACAGCGGAGCCGUUUCCCUGGCAUACCGAUUGCAGCUAUGAAGACUUGCCGCCACGAUACUUCGCACUCCACGUGCUUCAGCACGAUCGACUCGGCGGCGGAUCCCUUGCGAUCAUGAAUGUGCAGAAGCUGACCGAGCUGCUCUCCCCAGACACACAAACAUCUCUGAUGCAGCAAGACUACCGCUUUUUAGUCCCGCCGGAGUUCACCAAAGAGCCUGCAAAGAAGGAGAUCGUAGGUAGUGUGUUGGCGUCUCGGCGGGAAUUCCAACCCUACAUGAUGCGGUUCCGGAGAGAUAUCAUUAAACCAUUGACAGAAAGAGCGUCAAAAGCUUUGCAAGAGCUCGACAUGUCUCUGAGCGAUGAUAAAGCGAAGGAAUAUUCAACGCUGUAUCUUAGAUCGACAGACCUUCCCGCAGGGAGCAUUAUCCUGGUGGACAAUCGACGUUGGUUACAUGCACGAAGUAACAUCAAGGACCCGGAGCGGCACUUGCGUCGAGUGCGAUGGGAUGCCAUUCCCUUCAACGAUGCUCAUCUAGAAUAA